AUGGAAAAGUCGUGGUAUUUAUUGACUUGUUUUCUGUCGAUAGUAAACGGAUUUCGAUUUCCAACACCAAGUACGUUAUUUACUGAAAAUCAUUUAAAAGAUGAUGAAGGACCACUACUGGCAGUUUUAGACUUCAACAAACGUUUACAAGUUUUGAAUACCACAUCUGCAAAACGUAUAGCAAAAAUUGGAUUACUUGGUGGAAAUAAUGGUGCUUCGGCUAAUAUUAACUUUAACUAUGAGGAUGGUCUUAUUUAUUGGACAGAUGUUUCUAGUAAAAAGGUUUAUAGUCUAAAUGCUGAAACUGGUGAACAGAAAGUGAUAUUGGAAGGCGAUCUGAGAUCACCAGAAGGUUUAACAUAUGACUGGAUACAUAAGAAUUGUUAUGUUUGUGAUCCAUUUGGUAAUAAAAUAGUAGUAUUUAAUACUGUAACUGGACUGAGGAAAACAUUGAUUGAGGUUGAAAAUCCCAAAGAUGUGGCUGCCGAUCCCAGAAACGGAUGGCUAUAUAUUGCACAUGGAUGGGAGAGUACAGCACGCAUAUCCAGGUCGGGUCUAAAUGGUGAAAAUAUGCAAGAAUUAACUGCAAGACUUGAAAUACCCUACAGCAUUAGUUUAGAUUUUGUCGGAAACAAAUUAUACUAUACUGAUUGGAAUAAAAUAUUAAGUAUGAAAUUAAAUGGGGAAAGAAUAAGAACAUUUUACAGGACAUCAGGUUAUGACUAUACUCCCAACACUAUGACAGUGUCUCGUGAAUAUGUAUUUUGGACGACUUCUAUAGAAGAACAAGUCAGAAGAAAAAAGAAACGUGGUUCAACUAGAAUUAUAAAGUUUAAUGCUCUAGAAAAUUAUAACCGAUACAACAGUCAAACUGAUAGUUAUAUGGGAAUUGUGGCCAUUCAUUCUCAAAACCAACCUGCUACUGCAAGUUUAUGUGGUGAUAAUAAUGGUGGAUGUUCUCAUUUCUGUUUACCAUCACCAGUUGACCUUCACCUUUCACCAUCUUUUACUUGUCACUGUCCUGAUGAUAUGGAAUUGACUGAUGAUAAUAAAACUUGUGACUGUAACAUGUAG